GCGGCACUUGGCAACCGACCAGCGCUCUUGGAGGUUGCAAGUACCCAGCAAAACGGCAACAUAGCUCGCUUAGUGGCCCUCAUCGUUAGUGGCGCGGUCUUCUUUGCUGGUCGCUACAAGAGACGGUCCCUGGUCUACAGAUUACUAGUCUUCUUCUCGAAUACUCUCCCUGAUUGAGAUGGCUAAGAGAAUUACAACAUUGUCUGGCCUGAUGCUCUUCCUUCUCUCGAUGUCAACUAUUUACUCAUCAGUUUAUGGCGAUUCGUUCCUAUGCCCAGAGGUAGGCUCAUUCAGGAAACGAGAUUCCUGUCGUGAGUACUACACCUGUAUAUCAUUCAAUGGCAAGUUCUAUCAGCUUCUUGAAAAGUGUGCAGAUUCAGAAAUUUUUGACGACGCUGAACGCACGUGUGUCCUGAACAGUCACCUUUCAAGUCCUCAUGACUGCCUGAGAGGCAGUCACAGUGAAGAAGACAGCACUGAAGAUCAUGUUGAAGAGCCUACAGAAACCCUUGAGAGGAAUAACAAUUUAGAUUCAAUGGGCAUCAGUUACACUAGUCCCAAACGCUGGAAACAAGCUAUCGACAUUCCUGGAACUGAAAGUGAUGAUGGAAGCACUUUAGAUGAGGCAACAAAGGAUGCUCAUCCACAGCAGCUAGAUAAGACAACAAAGGACGUUGUUCGGCAGCAGCUAGAUGAGACAACAAAGGAUGCUCAUCCACAGCAGCUAGACCAGACAACAAAGGACGUUGACGUUGUUCCACAGCAGCUAGAUGAAACAACAAAGGAUGCUCAUCCACAGCAGCUAGACCAGACAACAAAGGACGUUGACGUUGUUCCACAGCAGCUAGAUGAAACAACAAAGGAUGCUCAUCCGCAGCAGCUAGAUGAGACAACAAAGGAUGCUCAUCCACAGCAGCUAGAUGAAACAACAAAGGAUGCUCAUCCACAGCAGCUAAAUGAGACAACAAAGGACGUUGUUCCAGAGCAGCCAAAUGUUGCUGUUGACGCCAAUGUGAAAAUCUUGUCCCUGUGUGACCUUAAGAAUAUUACAGAUGCAUAUUUCACGCUGGUAAUUGGCAGCUCUCCUCUGCGUCAAGUCUCGGGGAAUCAAACAGUGUACAACAGAAAUAUCAUGCAAUACAACAGGGAUAUUACUCAGGCUCAUGACAACUCCAACCUCUGGAGACGCAGUAAUGGCAUACCUCGUGGACUCAGACAAAGCCAUAAAAAAGCUAACGAAUAUAAAAAUGAUUUCCAAAGAAAGCUUGCCAUAUAUAAGGAACAAAUCCAAAUAAUCUCAUCUCGAAAGACAAGCCCGGCUUUCAUUCAGAGGCUUGAGGAAGAAAUUAAGGAUCAUGAUGAACGCAUCAGAAGAGCCCAGGCAACCCUCAACGUCACUCUUGUUCCUGAAAUAAUACAAAUUCUAGAGCAAACCAUAGAUGCGAACAUGAAAGAAAUUGAACGGAAAAAGUUACAAAAAAAUCCCAAUUCUGAAUUACUUUUGCUCAGGGAACUGGUGACUUUCGUAACUCUCGUCAAAAAUGAUGCAAGUGAGGUGGAAAACCUGGCCAGACAAACGCUCAGAAAGAUAACCCGUCUUCUAGAGAAAAUGAGUACUGAUGAACAUAACUAUGCCAAGCUUGAUGACCAAGCCAAUAAAGGAAUCAAAACCUUAACUGAGGAAGCUGCAUCUAUUCGGCAGGAACUGACGAGAAAUGCAAAACUUCAAGAGGAACUUGUAACCGACAGGAAAACUGUAGGUGAAAAAUUAGGUGACUUGAGAAUUGAAUAUUCUAAGAUAAAGGAAGAUAUAAGGGUGAUAACCAAAACUAUUGAUGAUUUCAUUGCUAAAAAGAACAUAAUUUGUACUGCUCGUCGCCUCGCUGCUUACGUAGGGCUAGACGUAACGUGUGAUACCUUGAUUAGAUCUAUGGGAAUCACAUUCGACCUGGAAACUGAAAACAAUCGAUUGGAAGAGCUUCGUAGAGAGCAGGAUAUGAUCCAAGCAAAUCAAUCUAUUGCCUUGGAGGAACUUCAAACACCUACACCAAUACGAAUGGCGCUUGCUGAUGAGAUCUUGCCUAAAAACAGAAGACUUGAGCUGAUUGAAUUCGAACUUUACAACCUGCAGUUUUAUGCAGCUCAUCUCCAAGAGCUAAAAAAUGGAGCGGCUGCUGCCAGAGACUCCAUCUUGUAUCUACAGGAAGACUCACGAGGGUUGUUAAAGAACUUUGAGUCUCUGGUCAAAAAGUUACAAGAUAUGGCUGAUGCAGCUAACACUGCUAUUACCGAUGGCAUCCAAACUGGAAAAAGAGAAAUGGUCGAAAAUGAUUUAGAGAUUCUACUGAUAACACUCCAAAAUCAGAAACUGAACAAUAUCAAUGAAUGCUUUACAAUCUAAGGGUACACAUGCCAUAGAUACUGAUUCAUUAUUCAUUACAAAUUCGUACAUGUUUUCUUCUUUUUCAUUAUCUACUCACUAAGAAGAAAUGAAUCAUUGUUGUUGACUUGCCUACUUUGUAAAAAAAAAAAAAGACAAUCUACAUAGGGAUAGAGAAUAGGGGCUUAAAUUUCUGGUGCAAUUAAUAAAUUUAGAGUGACACCA